AUGAGCGAUGCGGAUGUGUGGGAUGACGCGUCGGAUUCCUCGUCGCUCAGCGACGUCGAGUCGGUGUCCACUUCGCUCUCGGAAGAGAGCGACGAGGAGCCGUCCGCGCUCGGCACCGCCCUACCCGGGCAGCCACGGAGAAUGCGUACACGCUCCUUGUCCAAGUGGGACAUGGGCGUGGCCGAGUCGACCGAGCCGCCGCGGCCAGAGCCACAGGCCGGCAACGAAAUCUUUACGCAGCAUGCGCUCCUGCGCCGGCGCCGGCCAUCGCUCUUGGCCUUGUGCCAAGCGCGCGGAAUUGACGUGCCGAGCGAGGCGACCAAGGCGACGUGUGUCGACUCGUUGCUCGCCUCACAGGUCUCGACGCAGGUGGCGGUUACUGACGCGGUGCGCACCGAUAUGCCGCCGCCGCCCAAGGCGAUUCCCGAGCCGCAGCCCGCGCCAGAGCCACCUGCAGGCGAUGAAGAGCUUAAUGGACUGGACCUAGAGCGCCUCGAGCUCCUAGACCGCGAAAUACCUCCGGAAAAGCUCGAGAAGCUCGAAAAGAUUGGCUCGGGCGCGUUUAAAGACGUCUAUGUCGGCAAGUACCACAUCUCUCGCACGCGGACGUCCAAGGUCGCCAUCUCUGACCUGCGGAAUCAGCUCACGGACAUGGAUAUCAAGGAGCUGACAUUUUUGCGCGACCUGCGUCACGAAAACAUUGUGCGUUUUAUUGGCGUAAGCAUUCCCGCCGAUCUGCGGCCUGUGCCGUGCAUGAUCGUGAGCGAGCUCUGCUCGAACGGCGACAUGUUUGACUAUAUCCGGAAUACGCCGCCUCCGCCCGACGCGGACCUCUUUCAAAUGCUGCUCGAGAUCGCGCGGGGCUUGGAGUAUCUGCACACGCGGACGCCCAUGAUUAUCCACCGCGACUGCAAGUCGACCAACGUCCUGAUCACCAAGGACCGCGUGGCCAAAAUCAGCGACUUUGGCUUUGCGCGUGUCAAGCGCUCGACGCGUGCCAUGGUCCGCUCGAUCGUCGGCACGGUCAACUGGCAGGCGGUGGAGCUCUGGGUUCCGAAACCCAACUACAACGAAAAGGUGGACGUAUGGAGUGCAGCGAUGACGUUCUGGGAAGCACUCCAGUGGCACCAGCCCGAGAAACGCUAUCCGUUUCAAGGGAUGAACGAGCACCAAAUCUAUUUCAACGUCGGCCAAAAGGGGCAGCGACCAUUUAUUGGCACGAUGCGCCGCCGCUUUGGCGACGAAAUUGUGGAUUUGCUCGACCGUAUGUGGGCGCAGCUUCCUCGCGAUCGACCGACUAUGACCCAGGUCUGCGAGGAGCUCGAGCGAUGCAUCGCGAUGAAACGCGCAGCACUCGCUGCCCCUUAG